CCAACGCCUGUCUGCUCGCGAGAAGGCAGUUAGGUGGACUAACUGUAGAGUUGUUUGCCUCUACUGCUGCCUUAUCGAAACGUUGGAACUCGUAGAGAGGUGUGUUGAAGGCGGUAUUACAGAGAUCAACAGCCACACAGCAGCUUUCAAGUGAGCAGUGCCAAGCUAAAACGUUUUCGAAAGUGUUUUUGGGCGUGUAGUCUGUAGAAACGCCCAUAGCGACCUCAUGGAUUCGUCACGUGAUUCGUCUCCAUCUCAAUCUGCGAACGCUCACUCGACUGAUGAACUAGAGCAUGACGACAAUAAUCAGCCGAGACGCAGAUACAAAUUUGACAAACAAUUUCAACAUCCGAUACGCCGCCUCGACACUCACUCAAAUGUUCAGAAAAAGAAGACAAAUUCGUUUAGAUGCCACGCAUGUGGAAAGCGUUUUACCUCUAGAGCUCGCUUGGAUAUUCAUUUGGCGAUUAAUGAUAAAGCAAAGCCUCUGCAAUGCAGGACAUGCGACCAGGAGUUCAUGUACAAGUGCCAACUCGCUGUGCACGCCAAGUCGCACUUGGACAGUUUUCAAUGCAAAGUGUGUGGCAGAAGGUGUCGACAAAUGAGCAGCCUUCAAGCUCACAAAAUACUUCACACCCGAGUCCGACCGUUCGAGUGCAGCAAGUGCGGCAAGACGUUCAGAUACCGCGGACAUCUGGCCUACCAUCUUCGAUGCCAUGCGCGCGCACAAGCGGCUCAACCAGUGCGCAGACUCCGUCUGAAAAAGCUAGACAAAGUCAAAGUUCCCGGGAAUUCGUCCGAAAACGACGACACGUUGCCGUUUCGAUGCGAUCUCUGCGGGAAGCUAUUCAGACUGCGAUCCGCACUCGUAGUGCACCAACAGUGGGAGACGGGAAAGCGUCCGAGAUGUGAGCAAUGCGGGAAACGGUUUCGCUCGUUGCUUUGCCUCCGAGCGCACGCCGCGACGCACGGUAAAAUUAUAACGUGCGCUACGUGCGGCAAAACGUUCACGAAUGGGUUGAAAUUUAGACUGCAUUCCCGGAUGCACGUGGGGAGGGAAGUGAGUCGAUUCCGAUGCAACGUUUGUGGCAAGGGUUUCUAUCAGAAGCAACACUUCGAGGAGCACGUGUUGAUUCAUACCGACGAGAGGCCGUUUGCGUGUCGCUUGUGCGGCGUUCGCUUUCGCCAGGGCGGCAGCAUGCGACGCCAUCUCGUCGCUGUCCACGGAAGAGACCAGACUGAAGGCAGUGAUGAGAUCAUUCACUACAAACGAGACGUCUUUGCUGCUGUGCUGAAUGGCGGUUCUCUUGUGACGAUCCUUUCUAUACAAAAAUGUUCACCCGAUCCCUUCUCUUUAUCCUUUCACUACAAUCAUCCAAACAUCAUCAGAACGUACGGCAUCACGAACGUCCACUCGAGAUCGGUACUGGCGAUCGAAAAACUAGAAACGUCGUUGACAAACUUGCUGAGAACGUUCGGGAACGAACUGACUGUGCGCGAGAGAACGGAUCUGGCGAUUGGCAUCGUGUCAGCAGUCGAGUACUUGCAUCACUCUCACUGUAUACCUCACGGUCGUCUCUCUACUGAUACCGUCUUCUUCACUUCUCUGCUGCGUGCUAAAGUUCUAGACCCGGAUGCAGCGUUAAUGGUGUCUUCUGGUGUUCCAUCGACUUCCAUGUGUGAUGACGUUAUGCAGCUGCAAGAAAUCCUGACAUCUUUGUUCUCUGUCAAUGAUGCAGCGGGCGACUGUUUUUGCAGGCAAAUAGUGUGCCAAGUCCGGCGUGUCGUUGGCUUGUCGUCUUCGAAUGCCAUGUACGCGCUGUUGGAAUACUUGAAUGGAAUUCGUGGUACGCAAGAAUAUCUUGCCUGUCCGGCCAAGCGCUCUGUAUGUUGCCCUUUAUAUCAAAGUUCCUAGUUGCAAUAGUUUUAAUUAGUAAGACUAUGAAUCAGAUGCUGGCACAGUUGAUCAUGUCAGCUUGUGUAGUAGUAGUCUGUUUGCUAUAUCACGUAUCACACAUAAUAAUAUAACA